GAAGGAAGAAGAGAGAGAGAGAGAGAGGGAGGGAGUGACGAUAAAACUCCACUGUGAGCACUCCUGUAAGCUCAGUCACAGAGAGCAACAGAGAAGGAGAGAGAGAGUGAGAGUGUGUAACGAGGCAAGGAAGCAACAGGGACUUACCACACACACUGACACACACAGGCAGACAAACAGGGCUCUCUGAGGUGAAAUUGCACAUGUUUUUGUCCCCCCAGAGCAGACGGACUGGGUUGAUGAAUGAGCAGUAGUGAGUUAUGUACAGCUGGGUGUCCUGGACAGCAGAGACUGUGUUGCUAAUAACCCUCAAAGUGUUUUUAACACCACUUUGAGGUUUUCUCUCUGGAUCUGCUGCUGCGGGGGACCAAUUUUAUACCCUUUAAGGAGAAAAGAAGAAGGAAACUCUCAAAGGCUAAGAAAAUUGGACCAUCUCCAACUCCCCGUGGACUUUUUUUCAUUCUCGGUCUACUCCUGAGGGAAGCACGUGUGAGGAGGACUGAGGGAUUGAAUGCCAAGCGGUAUUCUCUGAAGAAAAUCCCAACAAUUAUGGGACUUCCACUUUACCCAACUAUCGAAAUGCUAUGAGGAAGAUCCAUUGCUCAGUGUGAGAGGAAGAGCAAGAAAGAGGGUGAUAAAGAACUCUACCAUCCACUUCUACCCAAGGGUUCCCUCCCUCCCCCAGCUUCAAACACCCCUCCUCUCUGCCUCUCUCUCCUUUGCCCCCUGCAUCCCCCUCCUCCCCCCCACAGAGCAGAAAGCGUGAAAAAUCUCACUAAUGGGUUUAUUUGCUGUCAGAUCUGUGCCGAUCUGUCAUUCCCCGGGACCACAUUUCAUAGUUGAGUAAGCCGCCUGGCUUUCUGGCUAGAGUUAGCUGUGCUCCAGCUCCAGCAACACACUGCUGUCUGGCUCAAAGAUCAUCAGGAAGAGAGCAGCAGCAGGCAGCCAAACCAGGAGUCAGUGUUGUUGUAGUCCUCCAGUUUGAGGUCCAAUCAUCUUGGUUGGGGUCCUUGCAUUUUUGUAACCGGGCAACAACAUUAUUAUUCCCAAUCGUUGGACAGUUUGGACAGACCACUGGGUCAGUUGAUCAAAGUUUCAGGGAUCUUUGGGUUGAUUUAGUGUUUGUUGAAGAUGUGGUGUGGGCCGCUGGCCGUGCUGGCUGUGGUGUUCUGGACCCAGUUUGUCCUGCUGGAAGGGGUGGAUGCCAAGAAGGAGAGGAAGAGGACACAGGAGACCCCCCCACAGCACACAGAGGCAUACAACACUACCCUCUCCAACAGCGAAGAGGUCGGCGGGAGCACCAAGAAUCCUGACAACCAGAGAGUGGAUCCCCUGGGAUCAUGGAUGGACUUUGUGAAACGACCUGUAGGCAACUUCCCUGGGAAGUGCCGCAAACGCAAAAGGCCACUGCCCGGGCCACCAGGUCCUCCUGGCCCCCCAGGCCCCCAGGGACCACCUGGAUCCCCCGGGGCAGAGGUCACCCAGGAAGUCCUCCUCCAGGAGUUCAAAAAGAUGAUAAAAGCUACAGAGAGGAGAACUGCCGCAGUGGACAGGCAGACCAGUACCAGUCCAAGUCAGAUACCCACGGCCCACAUCGCCCUGGAAGGAAUGACCUCUUACAGGCGGAUAGAGGAAGCCUUCCACUGUAAACUCAAAGGACCUGUGGUUAUUGACAAGAAGACACUGAUGGAGUUACAGAACUUUCAGACGCCUCUUGCUAAAGGUGCCUUCCUCAGAGGGACAGGAAUGGACCAGUCCACAGGGCGAUUCACGGCUCCCGUCACAGGGAUCUACCAGUUCUCUGCUAAUGUUCAUAUCGACCACAAUGAGGUGAAGAGGAGUAAGAGUCAGCUGAGAGCCAGGGACAAUGUGCGAGUGCUGGUCUGCAUCGAAUCCCUGUGUCAUCGAUAUACGUCAUUAGAGAUGAUUGUUGGAUUGGAAAGUAACAGCAAGAUCUUCACAGUGAAUGUGCAAGGGUUACUAGAGCUACAGGUUGGACAGUACACCUCAAUAUUUGUGGACAAUGGAGCUGGGGCAUCCAUCAUAAUACAGAAUGGCUCUGACUUCAUGGGCAUGUUGCUGGGUGUAUAGCCUUACGUCCUGGCCUUGGAGCUGGGGGUAUACCUUACCUCUUCCCAUUGGACACCAGGGCCCUGGCCACGCAAGGCAUCUGUAUCUAAUUGGACUACUAACAGACGCUACUGGCAUAUCACCAUCCAUGGAGGAGAAAGGACCGUUUUGAAAGCUUUAGGACUGUGUCUCUCCACAGACACCAUGAAAGCAAGCACUCCCAUGGGCCAAGAAAGACAUUAAGUACAUUCCAACAGACAAAUCCAAAUAGACAAGACUUCAAAUCACUCAAUGAAAUGUUUUUAUUUGAAAGGUUUUCAUGUCAAUCUAUUCAUUUGUAUGGCAGUAAGUAAGUACAGUACAUAGACCUGUGAGUGUGUAUAUACACUGGAUGAUGCAAAGAUGCUCAGAUGCAUUGUAUGAGAUGCAUGAGAGCAACAUUUGUUCCGGUUUUGGGGGUUUCGUCACUGGUUAUUUGGACUUAUCAGGAUUGGGCGAAGGCGGUGCUUAAACUGUUUCGCCUCGAGUGCUUCGUGCGUGUGCCCACAUGGAUCAGAAGGGGGGGGGGGGCUUUGGCUGAGAGUUUCCUUUUGUGAGGGUGGAGACUUCAUUUUUGCUGUAACUCUCAAUUUCUAACACGUAUGAACACAAAAGUUAAUCACACAGCUGACCAAAUUUACACAACAUUUUACUUCUGGGUUAACAGAGAUUAGUUUCUGUUUGGAACUAUUUUGUGGGAUUCAAAUCCAAACUAACCAAUUUGGUUAGAGCGUUUAAAUUAAAUGUGAGUGUGUUGGCCAUUCUGUUUUAUACCGAUGUAUUUAAUAUACAGUGUUUCCAAGUUAUUCUUAUGCCAAAUUAUAUAACUGCCAUGGUCAAGCAGAAAAGAUGUUAAAUAUUGUUUUAUAAAAUGCCAGUUGUUUCAGCAAAAGAGACUGAUCAUGUUAUCUAUUCAAUUAGAAAAUACUCACAUAUAAGAUCUGUGUUGUGUAUAUCUAUACGUUUUUUUUCCGCCAUGUAGUUGAUUAACUUUUCUGUAAAUUAUUAUAAUAUUUAAUUAAUACACAUGGUUAAGAAUUGAAUUUGGACGUACAUGGAGUUUAUGUUCAAAUGUAACCACAAAUGGAUAUUCAUAUCUUUUCUCACCCUAGGGAUUCAUUUACAGGUUAUAUAAAGUUUCAAGACUAGCACAGAUUGGAGUACCAUUAUGUCUUAUACUGAUUUACUUUUUAAUAACUAAUACAGUAUGAUAUAUUGUAAUGAGAUCAAAAUUAAACUAUGGUCAAAUAUUA